CACACACACACACACACACACACACACACACACACACACACACACACACACACACACACACACCUGCUGCGAGUCGAGCUGAAGAUACCUCUCUCUAACCACAUUAAUAAACAUGGCUAACUGGCUUGUAAACCACGGAUUGGAGACCUUUAUUUUGGUGGUCUGGAUGGGCAUCAACAUCUUCUUGUUCGUACGAUUUUAUCUGUUGUAUGAUUUGGGGUCUCAGUACUACUACACCCGUGAGCUGAUCGGGUCUGCACUGUCCUGGGCAAGAGCUCCUGCUGCUGUUCUCAACUUCAACUGCAUGCUCAUCCUCCUGCCUGUGUGUCGCAACCUGCUGUCUCUGAUACGUGGCUCCUUCAUGUGCUGUGGACGAACCUUGCGGAAACAGCUGGACAAAAAUCUCACAUUCCACAAACUGGUCGCCUACAUGAUUGCAUUGAUGACUGCGGUUCACACCAUCGCCCAUUUGUUCAAUGUUGAACGUUUCAUCAGUAGCCGUCAGGGACUUUUUGGUCCCCUGGCUGGUAACCUCUCAAUGCUUGGGAAUAAUGAUGAUGAUGAUGAUGAUGAUGAUGAUGAUGAUGAUGAGGAAUCAACUUAUCUCAAUCCUAUCCGAUCUGACUCAAUGACCCCACUCCUAUUCGCGUUCACUACCAUUGCUGGCCUUACAGGAGUUGUGAUCACACUCGCUCUUAUCAUUAUGAUUACAUCAUCAAUGGAGGUGAUACGGCGAAGUUACUUUGAGGUGUUUUGGUACACUCACCACCUCUUCAUCAUUUUCUUUGCAGGCCUGGUUUUUCACGGGGCAGGGCGUAUUGUGCGAAGUCAGUUGUCAGAGCCAUAUCACAACACUACCUUCUGCAAAGAUUAUCCAGAGAAAUGGGGUCACAUUGCUGAAUGUCCUGUUCCUCAGUUUGCAGGAGGGUUUCCCCAGACUUGGAUGUGGGUGCUUGGUCCUAUGAUCAUUUACUUAUGCGAGAGGCUUUUGCGGUUUAUCCGCUAUAUUCAGACUGUAAAUUACAAAAAGAUUGUAAUGCAUCCAUCCAAAGUCCUGGAGCUGCAGUUAGUGAAGGCUGGAUUUAAAAUGGAUGUUGGACAGUAUGUCUUUCUGAACUGUCCAUCCAUCUCGCAACUCGAAUGGCACCCGUUUACAAUGACGUCGGCCCCUGAGGAGGACUUCUUCAGCUUACAUAUCCGCUCAGUUGGGGACUGGACAGAAAAUCUCAUCAAGAUGGUUGAGAAAUUACCAGAUGGGAGUCAAGGACCUAAAUUAGCUGUGGAUGGUCCAUUUGGAACAGCCAGUGAAGAUGUGUUUGACUACGAGGUCAGCAUGCUAGUAGGUGCUGGCAUUGGUGUGACUCCAUUUGCUUCCAUCUUGAAGUCCAUUUGGUAUAAAUUUAAAGAUUCCAACCCCAAGCUACGUACCAGAAAGAUUUACUUCUAUUGGUUGUGCAGGGAGACACAUGCCUUUGAGUGGUUUGCAGAUUUGCUUCAGGUGCUUGAGAAGGAGAUGGAGGAGAGAGGCAUGAAGGACUUUCUUACCUACAAACUCUACCUCACUGGAUGGGACCAUACACAUGCAGCCCAUGUAAUGGUGCAUUUUGAUAAAGACACUGAUGUUAUCACUGGUCUGAAGCAGAAGACUCACUAUGGACGACCAAACUGGGAUAAGGAAUUCGAGCAAGUUCGACAAGAGAACCCUUCGUCAGUGGUUGGUACUUUCCUUUGUGGCCCAACCACCUUAGCUAAAGUUUUGGAAAAGAAAUGUGUGAAAUAUUCUGAUGUCGAUCUGCGCAAGACCAGAUUUUACUUUAACAAAGAGAACUUUUGAGCUGUUGUUGCAAGCAACCAGUUGAACCAGAAGGACAAGCUCUCCGGUGUUCCUUUCCCUUUCCAGCCUGAGCUAUCAAAAUGUCAGUGUCUACCUUCAUGUGGAGCGCUGAAAUAAUUUAGAAACUGAAGACACAAAAUCUCUUAAAAGUUCAAUACAACAAAACCAUAGGCUCUGCAGUGCCUGAGCUAGAUGGUGUAGUGAUGACUUUAAACUGCUGAUCAAUGCAUUUUCUCGACUAUCACAUAUAGCCUGUGUUUAUUCUGUAUUGUCCUACUUUGACACACAUCUGCAUUAAAUAUUUUAGUGAAGGCAGGUAAGCAACUAAAAUUCAUUGAUAUGUUUUAUUAGAUUUGUGUGUGGUUUCUUGCCUUGUUAGACAAGUCAUCUGGUAUGAAUAUUACAAGUGUGGUGUUUUGGGCUCAACACAGUAUCAAAAAUAAGGAAUUCAUUCAUUAAACAUAUACAUUACUCUA